UGGCAGGGAACGGGGUAGGAUGACAAAAUUCUCGGUGGAGGAUUACGAUUACGACGAAGGACCUAGCAAUCGAGUCUCAAAGAGGCGAAAGAUGUCUUUUCGGCACACCUCCAGCGUUGAAGCUUAUAUAGUGGAAAGAUCAGAACCAGAAGUAGUCUUCCCUGAAGAGGAACAAGAAGAAGAGGAGGAGGGGGAGGAGGAGGAGGAGGAGGAAGAGGAAGGGGAGGACGAGGGGGAGGACGAGGAGGAAGAAGAAGAAGAAGAAGAGGAAGAGGAAGUGUAUGAGGAAGAAGAGCAAAUUGAAGGUUCAAGGGAACAAAUAUCGAAGAUGGAUGGUAGUUCCUCGGGGCCAGCGAGAGAUGGAUCCAUUUCCGUUACCCUAACUGACCCAGAAGUCCUUGAUUGCCCCAUUUGCUGUGAACCUUUGACCGUUCCUGUCUUUCAGUGUGAGAAUGGGCAUAUUGCUUGCUCUACAUGCUGCAACAAAAUUUUGAACAGAUGUCCAUCCUGCUGUACCCCCAUUGGCUACAAUCGUUGCAGGGCCAUUGAGAAGGUCCUGGAAUCAAUCAAAGUAUCAUGCCAAAACAGAAUUUAUGGGUGCCAAGAAUUAUCCAUUUACAGCGUAAAGCAUAAUCAUGAGAAGGUCUGCAUCCAUGCUCCGUGUUCAUGCCCUCUGUCUGGCUGCAGCUUUGUUGGUUCAUGGAAGAUGUUAUCAAAACACAUAACCUGCAACCACAAUUUUUCUGCAACACGUUUCAAGUAUAGUCGGCCUAUAAGAUUUAGGUUAGAUGCCAACGAAAGAUUCAAGAUCUUUCAAGAAGAGUUUGAUGGUUCUCUGUUUAUUCUCAACAAUAGAAGGGAAGAUCUAGGAAAUUUAGUGACUGUGAGCCGAAUUGGACCGCCAACAAGGGGAAGUUACUACUAUGAACUUUCAGCAAAAGCCCUGAAAACUUCACUCAUAUUGCGGUCCUUCACAAACAGCAUCCAGAAAUGGGUUGAUGAUGGUCUGCCUUCAGUCAGUUUUCUGCUUAUUCCAAGUCAACUCUUCAACCCUCCUGAGGGGCUCAAGAUGGAGCUGUCCAUCAACAAACCUAGUGAGAGUUGAUUGCUGCAGAUCUUAUCUCAGGUCUGUUUUUAACUACUUGAAUAAUGAAUAAGGAACUCUUGAUUAUUGCCGAGAAGAUUAAGUACUGUUGAUUAUGUUUUAAGACUUUAAUAUUGUAAAUAUGUUCUGCAUUAUUCAUUUCCCCAACCCGUCUCAUGCAUUUCUUUCCUUGUGUUCAUGUGAAGAUUCAGUGAUUCACACAACACAUGCUGGCAUUAAAAUCAUCUUAUAACCAUUGAUGGAGGGGCCUCACCAAUGUAAAUAUGUAAGGCACGCUCCUCAUUACUGGUUAUAAGCGUGGAUUGUAAAAUUGUAAACUUUUUAAAUAAAUGAUUUUUUAAUAU